CAUUUCAAACGGAAGCCGUUCCGUUUCGUCUGUGUCCCAUGAUGGAGUCCAGUUUCCAUCAGCUAGCCCCCGAGAACAGUGCAAAUAUUGGUGAAUGCAUAAUGAGGAUGCAUAAUUGAUAUGACAUGGGCAUGUGUUGUCUUAAACAGGAAGAGUCAUUUCUGUCAUGCCAUACUACACAGGCUGUGCACGUUUUCGACAUUUUCUGUGCGAACACGCGAAGUCUAUCUUGUCUUUUUUAAUCUUUGACUGAAGAAAGCGGGGAUAAUUUCGCCCGCCUCAUGUUUUUUUGUGGUAUAAUUGCUGUAUAUCUUAGCUACAAAACUCUAUUUAGCUCUCCGGGCCUCAAUAUAUAAAGUGAAAAUAUAUUGAGGUGAAUUUGCGACGUCGCGGGAGGGUUAUUUUUCGUUUCAUUUUGAACAGGCAAUUAUGUGGUCGCUCUGUAAAGGCCCUGUGCUAGAUGUUUAGUUUUCCUUCUUGACAGUGAAAAUAUUGUCGCACGACUGAAUGUAAUGAAAGAAAUCCUCUGUGUAUCUGUCAUGCCCAUUUCACCCGACCAUAACACCGCGUCCUAACAGCAGCGUUCAGCGACAUUUGUGUUUUUACUGCCGAGCUCUGUGGAGAAGGAAGAAUGGCUGACGAAGCCCUCUUCCAGUUUUUACACAAUGAAGUGAUCCAGUACAUCUACAAGUCUGCUGAGGGCGGAGAGACGGAGAAUGGAAGAAACAUAACCAAACUGGAAAACAUGGGAUUCAGGGUCGGCCAAGGACUAAUAGAGAGGUUCACAAAAGACACGGCGCGGUUCAAAGAUGAGCUGGACAUUAUGAAAUUCAUCUGCAAAGACUUCUGGACAUGUGUGUUCAAGAAGCAAAUUGACAACCUCAGAACCAAUCACCAGGGCAUUUACGUUCUACAGGACAACAAGUUCCGCUUACUGAGUCAACUGUCAGCUGGGAAGCAGUAUUUGGAACAUGCGCCCAAGUAUUUGGCCUUCACCUGUGGCCUGGUGAGAGGAAGCCUCUCCAACCUGGGAGUGAAGAGUAUCGUCACAGCUGAGGUUUCCGUCAUGCCGGCAUGUAAAUUCCAGGUCAUGAUUCAGAAACUGUAGCGUCACCAGAGGAGGCUGCGUUCACUCGUCACACUUCGGCUUUUAGACAUCAUGGAGUUUCGGUCAUUACGCAUGAAAAAGUCACCCUGCAUGAACAACACUAUCAUCGGGUUUUGUUUAAGCGGAGGUGUGUGUGGCUCGGUGUGUGUGUGCUCAGAUUCCAGCAUCAGAUGAGUGAAGCUCUUGGCUCUUCACCUCCAACAUUCCAGCUCUGAGAAGGUUCAGCUCUUUUACAAGUCCACCGAUCACUGACAAAGGCCCCUGGAGGUUUUGCUUCUAAGAAUUUACCACAAGCUCUUGUUGGAUUCAUUUGUCCCAGUCAGCGUCGUGAGGGGGCCGGAGCCUAUCCCAGCAUGCACUGCUUGCAUGUGUACACUGUCAAUCCAUGGCAGAGUUAACACUAAUAAAACCAAACACACCUAAAGGAGUCAUCCCCUCAUCCAAAGGACCAUCAUACACACAGAUAUUUUCACAGAUUGUUCAGUUUAUGCUCAACUAUAACCACAGCUCAUGGAAAUAUGUGCCAUUAAUUGCAUGUGAUGUUGUGAUCAGAGAUGGAUAUCAAAGGCUUGUGAAAGUACCGAACCCUCUCUCUCUCAGCCCCGGUGUCACUCUCUCCAGCAGCUCCACACGUGAACCAGCGUCUGACAUGACGGGGAUGCAGGACAGCCGCAGAGUGUGAACCCUGACAUCAAGCGAAAGUCACUGACCUGAUGCUUUUCCUCUCUGUCUGUUGGUGUUUUUCAUUAUUUGCACUGAGUGAACCCACUUAACAAACGGAGAACUUUGAAUUCAACAUGUAAUUGCCUUUUUAUUUGAAGAUUUUAUUUACUGUUUUUGUCUCUUGUGUUUUACCUCAUUAAAACUUUCAGUGAAAUCUUUUGAG